UCAGGAGCCCUCCUGCAAGUCCAUGAAGAUGAACCGACUCUGCCUCUCUGCAGCCCUUCUCAUCCUCCUGGUUAUCCUGGUGGAUGGCACUCCAAGAGGUCAUGAGAUGAGUCAUGGACAGCAACUGACGAUAACUUCAAAACCGCGCUUAUCUCCAAAGCAAGACGAACAUGCAUUUGCAGCAGCUUCUAAGCCUGCCUUCUGCCUGAGGCGUAAAUUAACAGGUCCCUGCAAGGGCAGGAGGAUAAGGUACUUCUACGAUGCCAAGACCGGGCGAUGCCAACGCUUUUUAUACGGUGGCUGCAAAGGAAACAGGAAUAACUUCCACAGCGCAGGGCAGUGCAUGAAAACCUGCGGUCAUGCGGCAGGGUCCCGGACAGGCCAUGGGAAGACUCAUGCUCCAAAACUCUGAAGUCUGAGGAGGACCCAUGAAAGUCUGGGCUGUGGUAGCUCCUGAAACAGUUCAGUGUCCUUGCAUUUCUUCUUUUCCUUACCUUCCUCAGCAGAGCCUGCCUAUUUCCUUUCCUCCAUGAUGCUGAGAGACUUCUCUGGUGGCUCAGAUAGUAAAAGCGUCUGUCUACAAUGUGGGAGACCCGGGUUCAGUCCCUGAGUCAGGAAGAUCUCCUGGAGAAGGAAAUGGCAACCCACUCCAGUGUUCUUGCCUGGAAAAUCCCAUGGACAGAGGAGCCUGGUAGGCUACAGUCCAUGGGGUCGCAAAGAGUCGGACAUGACUGGGCGACGUCACUUCAGUUUAUGAUUCUGGGAAAGAUUGAGAGCAGGAGGAGAAGGGGACGGCAGAGAAUGAGAUGGCUGGAUGGCAUCACCAACUCAAUGGGCAUGAGUUUGAGCAAACUCUGAGACAUAGUAAAAGACAGGGAAGUCUGGCAUGCUGCAGCCCAUUGGGUCACAAAGAGUCGGACACGACUUAGUGAUGAACAACAUGGGUGUAUACACUUUAGUUCUGUCUCAUCCAUGUGGCUCUGAGCACCAUGACAGCAUGUCUUCCCUUUAUCCUGAGCACUUAGCACAGUUCCUGGCAUGAAGGAAGCAGUUCAUAAUUAUGUGAGGAAGGAAGGCGUGCAGGAGGAGCACAUUCCUCUCGACCAGAGUAACUACAGAGCCUGAAGUUUGACACCAGGAUUGUUGUCUCAGCCCACAUACUCAUGGCAUCCUCACCUUCAUCCCCCUCCAUGCCAUCACUGCUCUCCUUGUGUGAGGGCUUGGUGGAAUUUCUGGCAACCAUUUCUCAGCAUCAGUAAUGAGAGAAGUCUUUGCAAUAAAACAGCCCCCUUUUCCCAUAAAGAUGUUGCAGUUUU